CGUGACCGCGUCCUUUCCAUCAUGGCGUCUACUCGGGAUGGUUUGUUUUGCUCCCGGUCUAUACAGCGAGCGAUAUUUUUCUUCUCUUUUUGCUGGACUUUAAUUCAGAGCUCUGUAAAUGAUGUUGAAAGCUGCUACAACCUCCGACUGGGACAAUAUCUUUGCAAAACCCCUAAAAUAGAUGAUGCGACUCAAGAACCUGAGAACUGCAAGGAUCUAGUGGCAUGGGUGGAAUGCCUUCCUGCACCAAACAUCAGCUGCUUACUAGCAAAUGGGACCAGGUUCAAGUUCAGCGGGGAGGAGGUUGGAUUUAAUAAAAGCAUCCCAUGUCGGAAUGUGACUGGCUAUUCGUAUAAAGUGGCUGUGGCUUUGUCCCUGUUCCUGGGAUGGCUGGGUGCAGAUCGCUUCUAUUUGGGUUAUCCAGCUCUCGGGCUACUGAAGUUCUGCACUGUGGGUUUCUGUGGAAUUGGAAGUCUGGUGGAUUUCAUAUUGAUAUCCAUGCAGAUCGUUGGUCCAUCUGACGGUUCGGAUUACAUCGUGGACUACUAUGGAGCGAGGCUCGUACGGCUCUCCAUAACAAACGAGACAUACAGGCGAACACAGAUCUCUCUCUGAGGAGGUGGAUGGAGAGGACAGGACGAAAACCUGACGUCCAGGAUUGUGUCAUGUAAAUCUCAGCCUUUCCUCUUUUCAACUGGGAAGACACAUCGACAUGCCCGACACCUCCCUGUGUGACUGAGUGAGACUGAGUGAGACACAGUGAGUGAGUGAGUGAGAGAGACACAGUGAGUGAGUGAGUGAGUGAGACACAGUGAGUGAGUGAGUGAGACACAGUGAGUGAGUGAGUGAGAAAGUGAGACACAGUGAGUGAGUGAGUGAGACACAGUGAGUGAGUGAGACACAGUGAGUGAGUGAGUGAGUGAGACACAGUGAGUGAGACAGAGUGAGAAACAGUGAGUGAGUGAGAGAGACACAGUGAGUGAGAGAGACACAGUGAGUGAGUGAGACACAGUGAGUGAGUGAGUGAGACACAGUGAGUGAGUGAGUGAGACACAGUGAGUGAGUGAGUGAGACACAGUGAGUGAGUGAGUGAGACACAGUGAGUGAGUGAGUGAGUGAGACACUGAGUGAGUGAGUGAGACACAGUGAGUGAGACACAGUGAGUGAGUGAGUGAGACAGUGAGUGAGUGAGACACAGUGAGUGAGACAGAGUGAGAAACAGUGAGUGAGUGAGAGAGACACAGUGAGUGAGUGAGACAGUGAGUGAGUGAGACACAGUGAGUGAGACACAGUGAGUGAGACACAGUGAGUGAGACACAGUGAGUGAGACAGAGUGAGUGAGACAGAGUGAGAAACAGUGAGUGAGUGAGUGAGACAGUGAGUGAGUGAGACACAGUGAGUGAGACAGAGUGAGUGAGACAGAGUGAGAAACAGUGAGUGAGUGAGUGAGACAGUGAGUGAGUGAGACACAGUGAGUGAGACACAGUGAGUGAGACACAGUGAGUGAGACAGAGUGAGAAACAGUGAGUGAGUGAGACAGAGUGAGAAUGUGUGUGUGAGUGUCAGAGUGUGUGUGUGAGAGUCAGAGAGAGAGAGAGAGUAUGUGUGUGUGUGAGUGAGAGAGAGUGUGAGACACAGAGACAGAGAGUGAGUGAGUGAGUAAGAUGGAGAGAGUGAGUGAGACAGAGAGUGUGUGUGUGUGUGUGUGUUUGGACUGCUGAGGAUUGUAAAUAGAGACUACGAUAUGUUAAGCUUGUGUUCUCCAAAGUGGAUAAGCCCACCUUCAUUCCUGCGUCUCCUCUCGCCCUCACCAUCCAUCCUUCUUUCAUCUGACUCUGAGCAGCAGAAUGCAGUUCAUCCUAUAUAAUAGUUGUGCAAUGGAAAUCUGUCUCCCCCAGAUUUAUUUAAUUAUCCACCUCAGACUCCAGUGAUCUCACACACACAUGACACAAUGAGACUGUCAUCUACAAACUCUGUUAUUACGUAACCUGCAAUGCAAAAUGUCUUGGUAAAGUUUGGUAUGAUUCCAUGUAAGCCUCCUGGGAAGCUGGAAGUUAUGCUGAACAGUGCAUAUACUAUUUAUGGACACUAUAUUGAGUUAGAUUUACGGUCACGUCCGUUAUUCGGCAAGAGGAAAACCAUUUUUCUUUCUGAACUAUUUCUUUAAGACCUUCUGUUUUGUCUUUGUUAUUUAAAUGAUGUAAAUAAAGUUUUACCAAUCUGU